CUAGCGGCAGUUGUGUCGAACUACAGCCGAAUGCGUCAGCUCGGAGAUCGGCUGCUGUCAUUGGUCGACAUUAAUCACGUGUUUAUUCUGAAGAUGGCGUCGCCAAAUGGAGAUGAUGAUUUUGAAACCUCUCUGCUGAGUUUUGAGAAUUUGGACAGGACGUCGCCAGAUUUGUGGCCAGAGCAGCUGCCGGGAGUCGCAGAAUUUGCUGCAUCUUGUAAAACACCCAUCACUAAUUCACCCCCCAAGUGGAUGGCAGACCUCGAAAGUGAGGACAUCGAAAUGUUGAAAGAGCUGGGAAGUCUGACAACCGCCAAUCUAAUGGAAAAGGUCAAAGGACUUCAGAACCUUGCCUAUCAGCUGGGCUUAGAGGAGUCACGAGAAAUGACCAGAGGGAAGUUUCUGAACAUCUUGGAGAGGCCCAAGAAGUGACGUAACUUUUUUCCACUUUCCCCCCUCCAUAAACGAAACAUGAGAUCUGGAGGUGAAUCAGAUCUGAGCUUUGAUAAUGACGAGAUUCUCUUUGAAGUUUGACAGAACGCUUCUUCGCGAAAACACGAACGAUCAAUUUUCACUUAAUUUUAUUGUAGCUUGUCAAUCUGUCUCCAUUAAACGUGUCUAAUUUAUUCUGAUUUUAAACAUGAUGUAUAUUUUUGCAGUUGGUGAAAUUGUUAAAUAAAGUUUUGCAAUGAAA